GAAGGCUAUGGUCAAUGUGGUAUUCAGGAUGAUGGUUUAGAACUUAUUGAAACAUGCAAGAAAGAAAAAACUUUGGCAUUUUCUUUUGAUGAUGGUCCACGCCCGUUCGGCAUAAAAGCUACUUUCUUCGUCAACGGUCAUAACAGCCCCGAGUUUUGCAUAUAUGAUCAUGCUGAACUCCUACUUCAAAUGUACAAUGAAGGGCAUCAAAUCGGCCAUCACUCAUGGUCGCAUCUUCGUUUGGGUAAUGCGACCCCUGAGGAAAUCGAAUAUCAACUCGCUUUAUUACGUCGUGGAUAUAAAUAUAUUGCUGGUUUGGAUAUUGAUACCACUGAUUCGCGCUCUGAUUUAGACAUUUCAAGGAGGAUUUUUUCAAAUCUUAUUCAAGAUAAAAAGCCGCAUAUAUCAUUAAAUCAUGAUAGGGUUAAUUGCACUGCCGACUUUUUUGUACCAUAUGCUAUUAGAAAAGCAAAACAGUUAGGCUAUAACUUUGAUACUAUAGCUGGAUGUAUCGGAAAAAAUGAUAAACAUGAUUGGUAUAAUAUUGUUGGGAAACCUCAAAAAAGAGAUUAUAAAACUUGGCGUUGUACUCCAGAUGAUAGGCAUGGUGGUUUAGUAACGCCAAAUUUGAAUCCGU